AGGGUUUAACAGGCGAUGAGCCGCAGUAGGAACCCCCCUCCCCGGGGUCAAGGGGCAGCGCGAGCCAAACAGAUGGGGCUGCUGCUGGACCUGUCCCCGGAUGGAGGGAUGGAUGACGAGGGAAAUGAUGAAGAGCUAGAGGCAGAGCUUCUGAAUCUGAUGGGAGGAGGUGGAGGGAGUUCACAAGGGAAGAAAGACGGCAAAGCUCCGGUUCCCAUGGUGGAUAUAGAGAAAAUGGCUGCACUUUGUAUGAAAGAUCUGGAUGAUGAGGAAAUGUUGGAUGAAGAUCUGGAUGAUGAUGAAGAUCUGCUGGUAACACACUCGCACUGUUUUUGGCCUUUUUUAAAGCUGAAACAAUUUGAGGAUUAAUUGAUAACUCGGCCAAAAAUGUUUUCGGAACUAUUACAAAAAUGUGAUCCGAGCUUGAUAUGUUGAAACUUUAUAUGUUUUGUACAAAACGAGUAAUUAGAGAAAUUGCAAUUGGAAAUUCCACCUCUUUUUGUCAGUUCACAAACUAAAUUUAAACUUACUUAAUUAAGCAGAUUAACUGAUAACACAAAAAACAUUGUUAGCUUUAUUCAAAAGAAAAUCUACGUUUGUUUUACAU